AUGCCAAAAUUCCUUUUUUCAUCAAAAACUAAUGUGAAAUCUGUUAUUGUGGAGCUCGAAAAUCACUCUGAAAUUGCAAAAUUUUGGCGUUAUUCCAGAAAAAUCGAAUGCAAAAAUAUCGCGAUAAAUCGAGGUGGACCGACUAUGGAAACAAUUCAGAUUUCUGAAAAUAAGAAUUCGUCUUUCAUUUCGACAAAGGAGACUUUUCUGGAGCGAAUGCGCAGAAUCGUCACUGAAAAGCCGAAGAAAGAUUGGGGUGAUUGGAGGCGGAAAAUCCCGUUGGAAGCUUUUGGAGAAAUUGUUCAUUUAAGAGAUCUCAUCAUCACUCAUAAUAUGACACCUUUUCUUUUCUUUGGAUCACUUUUAGGUUGGUACCGCGAGUGCUCCAUCAUCACCCAUACCCAAGAUUUCGAUUUUGGCAUCAGAGUGAUUGAGAUGAAUGAAAAAUUUCUAAAGGCAAUAGAAACGAUUGAGGCACCUUUCUGGGCAGAGAGACGAUUGGGAUUGCGAAACGAGUCUCUCGAGUACACAGUGAAAAGUCUGAAAUAUCAUUUCCCGGUCGACAUCUUUUUCCUCUAUGACACCGAUAAUUUCACGUAUGCAGCCGGUCAAUCCCCUGGACUCACCUCCUAUCGAUUCAGCUGGCCAAAAAUUAUUGAUGAUGAGAUUUGUGCCGGCGAGUUGUUCAAUCAUUUCUUCUAUGUGCCUUGUGAAAUUGAUAGGCACAUUGUUCAUGAAUUCGGUGCCGAAUGGAAAAAAGAUCGACCAUCUCGUCAUUUCUCGUGGAGUAGUGGGGCGAAGAAUUCGAAAAUCCACAAGCGCUACCCGAAAUUCAUGCGGAAACAAGUCGAGAAAUUCUAU